AAUGUGAAACAUAGAUGUAAAAUAUAUAGUAAAAAAUUAAUUUAAGUUAAACUAUUUUUUUAUUUAGUUUAAAUCUAUAUGAAUGCAAACAGUUUUUUUUAAUUAAUAUUUUUUUUAAAAAAAAAUAUACUGUUUGACCACUUUGAAAGACGCGUACAGCCCAAUAAAUUUUCAAAUCAAUAUUACUUUACUUAGUUUGACUUUUCUUUUCGAGACUAAUUUUCUAACGCCUACAACAUCAUGUCAAAUUAUUUAGUCCUUGAUUUUUGUGAUGCAACGGCUGAUUCAAGGGAGAGGGAGAGUGGUGGAAUUUGUCUUGUGGAUUCCCCCGUCUGACCGACGCCUUGUAGUCUUUUUCAUCGUCCUGUUCCAAGCAAAUGCUUCAUGUCAAAUCUUCUAGAAGAGAGCUGGUCAUCUCGGACUUCCCAUGCACCCGUCACCCUCUAACAUAUAUUUAACAUUGUUUUAGUGCAUUUGUGUCCAUUUGUUUUGAUCUCUUAUUUUAAACUUCAAGUAGGACAGACGCAAUGGUAUGAACACAUCGAACAGUCUUAGAUGCCAUGCCACCAUUAGUUUUAUUUGUGAUAUCUUUAUGAGUUCGAUUUGAUUCGAGAUUGAUUAUAAGAAGAUCUAAGAAGACAAGCCGAUGAGUUUCCCACUAUGAGUCUUACAUGUCAUGACUGGACUACAUGCCAUGGUAUGUAUGACACAUUGAACAGCCCUACAUGCCACGUGAUGAGCUACAAUGAUAUGACAUAGUCAUGUCCUACAUGCCAUGCCGCCGAGGAGAAAACCUUGGAGUCGGUCUUCUCGUUCCAAGUGAUUCGGUAUCUGCUUGGAAAAGCUUCUCGGUGCACGCAUACUUUUCGAGGAUCUGUGUAAUAUUCUCCGUGGGGUUGAUAGUGGGAAUACUAUAAGCACACUGGUGAUUGUUACUAUAAGGUCAUACAGAUACAGAGACUUUGGCGAUCGAGUUGGGGAAAGCAAGCAGCGUCCAUGGCGGAUCAGAAGAGCAAGGGCGUCAAGCUGUACGGGACCUCGUUCAAUGGCCACACCACCAUGGUGGAAUGCGCCCUCAGGCUGAAGGGCGUGGCGUACGAGUACGUGGAGGAGGACCGCAAGAACAAGAGCGAGGCGCUUCUCAAGCUCAACCCCGUGCACAAGCAGGUGCCGGUUCUUGUGGUGGAUGGUAAGCCCAUAGCUGAGUCGCAAAUCAUCCUGCAGCACAUCGAUGAUGUGUGGAAGGACCCUCCCCAUCUCCCGGAAGACCCUUACAAGCGAGCCAAGGUCCGAUUUUGGGUAGAUUUCGUCAACAAAAAGGUUGUGCCAAUUAUGCAUACCAUCGUAACCUUGAAAGGCGAUGAGCAGAAGACGGCAGCGGACGAGUUCGGAGGGUAUCUGCAGACCAUGGAGGACGGCAUCCGAGAGGAGCUGUGGACUGGAGGUCCGUUCAUCAACGGAGACAACCCCGGACUCCUCGACGUGGUGAUGGGUUCGAGCUACACGUGGAUCAAGUUUAUCGAAGCUGUAGCGGGCGUGAAAUUGGCGAAGAGGGAGGAGACGCCGCUCUUGUGCUCUUCCAUGGAGGCCUUCGUGGAGCUUGAUGCCGUGAAGGAGUUGAUGACCCCACCUGAGGUGCUCCUACAGAGCAGGGGGAAUCCCGGCGCGAAGACUACUGCAACAUCUGACGAUUGAUCGAGUGGCUCGUACGCUCGUUUCAUGUUUGUGUUUACGGUGAAGCGUAAACUUGGUUUGCUUUAACUACAAGUCCUACAAAGAAAGUUUCCACCUGCUUCUGCGCAAUAUAAAUAAAUGGAUUUGUCAUUUAGUA